AUGGAUAAAAAUAUCGCACUGCAUAUUCUUCUAAUAAUAUUUUAUUCGUUAUCAUUAUUUCAUGUGAUUCAUGGAUUGACUAGUCAUGUAUGCGACUACUAUAAAGGUCAACCAGUAUGCUGUCCUGGCUGGCGAAAUGGAAUUGGUGCACCUUGUGUAAUACCUGUAUGUGCUGGUAAUUGUGGAGAACGCGGUGAAUGCAUUAAACCCAACACUUGUAUCUGUUCUGAUCGACGUGUUCGUUUCAGUUGUAAAGAUGAGGAUGAUGAAGAAGACGCAAUGCAACUUGAUCAAGCAGAAAAUCAAUGUCCGGAUAACUGUAACAGACGUGGAGUAUGUGAAAAUGGGAAGUGUACAUGUCAACCUGGAUAUAGUGGUCAAGCUUGCAAUGUUAAAUUAAAAGGUGCUUGUUAUACGUCGCUGAAACGUGGACUAUGCGUUAAUCCAAUGCAAUAUCGUAUAUCACAGUAUGAUUAUGAAGCGAUAAAGUUAACUCAUGAAGUCUGCUGCAAUGCUUUAGGUAUUGCAUGGGGGGAACCAUGCCAAACAUGUCAUACAACACAUUGUGGUAAAGGAUUUGAAGAAAUUGAUGGAGUGUGUAAAGACAUUAAUGAAUGUGAAGUUGACGGAGUCUGUCAGAGAGGUCAGUGUGUAAAUGAAGAAGGUUCCUACAAAUGUAACUGUCCAGAAAAUACAUACUUUGACAAAACAGCACUGGAAUGUGUUUACAUACAAAAAUCGCCAUGUGAGUCAGAUCCUUAUAGAUGUAAUAAUGGUGGGAAAUGUAUAGACUUACCAAGUGGUGAUUACAAAUGUGUAUGUCCAUGGGGAACUAAAACUUCACAAGAUAAAAGAUCGUGCUUGCAAGACAAUGAACCCCAAUUUGAUAUAUGUCAAUUAUAUAAAUCCUCUGUAUGUAAGAAUGGACAAUGUAUCCCUCGAGGUACUUCAUAUGAAUGCAUAUGUAAUGAAGGCUUUGAACCAUCGGAAGAUCGUAAAACCUGCCAGUAUAAAAUCGAUAUUUGUUCUAUUCAUCGAGGAUAUUUAUGUACUAAUGGACAUUGUAUCCCAACUGGUCGAGAUUUCUUUUGUGAAUGUAAUCCUGGUUUCACACUGUCAUAUGAUCGUCGAAGGUGUAUAAAUAAAUGUGAAGAAUUAGGACCAAGUGUAUGCCCAAACGGUUAUUGUAUUGCCUUAUCUAAUGGUGAUUAUGAGUGUCAAUGCGAUAUUGGCUAUCAAAGUACAUCAGAUCGUAAAAAGUGUAUCCUACCAAUGGAUGAUUCUUAUUCAAAUUCUCAUUAUGCCAAAUCAAUGAAUUAUUAUAAGAAUAAGUACUAUGAAAGUGAACAUGAGACGUUCAACAGUCCAAUAGAUAAAAGUAUGGAAUACUCAGAACAUGAUGAUGGAAAAAACGAUAACUGGUGGCAAAAUGAUCACUUACAAGGAAAACCUUUCAACCUGAAACAGAAAUCUUAUACACAAUAUAAGCAACAGGAUUCAGCUUAUACGAAAUAUGCUAAACCAACAGCGUUACAUUUACGUGGUAUAAGUCGUCGAUCAACUCCAUGUGGUCAUGAUGAAAUAGCCAGUAAAUGUAAUGGUGGGAUUUGUUUAAAUCUUGGUGGUGAUGGUUAUAUGUGUGAAUGUCUACCUGGAUAUAAAUUAGCUCAUGGAGGACGUGAAUGCGUUAAGCCUGAAGCAGAAACAAACAGCAUGUGGCAAAAUGAUGCAAGUACAAACGAUGUUGAAAAAAUACCUGCCAAAAACAUUGACAAAACAUCGAAGUAUACAAGUCAUCCAACGAAAUUAAUUGACAUAAGUCAUAUAAAUUCUAUGAUGAAAUCGUCACCUUGCAGUCGAAAUGAUAUCUUAGACAAAUGUGAAUGGGGUACAUGCUUAAAUCUUGGCGGAGAUUUAUACAAAUGCGAUUGUUUAUCAAAUUAUCAAUACAGUCAAACAGAAGGAUGCAUCCCAAAGACUCAGACAGAUAAACCGAAAACGAAAACCAGUGUAUCACCGCCAAAAUGA